AGCUCUCAAAACCGUAUUUUACUUCGAUCGCAUCAACUUUGUUUCAACACAGCUGAGAGGACAGAUGGCGCCGCCGGCAGAAGGAGGAGCAGAAGGAGGAGGAGGCGGCGGCGAAGGACAGCCGCAGAGACAGCAACACGCGGGAUUCGGCCAAACAGUAACUGGCAUCAUUAGAGUCGCCGUCUUCUGGUACUUCGCCUCCAAGUUCUUCUCUCCUAAACGACCUAGUGAUCCCUCCCAGCCUCAGGUCUUCUCCACCAAUCUUUUCCAGAGAGGAGAAUACCUGGAUAUGUGGCUAUACCUUUCAGAACAUGAAAAAUUCAACGACUUUGGUAAUGAAAGUGCACUUGUUUGGCAUGAAACUAAUAUCCCCUAUGCCAUUUGGGGAAAAGAAAGUACUCGAACUCUUUUUACAAAGUACUAUUCAACUGAGGCUUUGAAGCACAAUGGGAGCCUCUAUGCACAUGUUUUCUUUGCACGCUCUGGAUAUCCUCCAGACCCUAAUGAUCCUGAGUAUCAACAUGAUGCUACCUUUGGGAAGACUCAUCCUGUUGUGGUCUAUUAUCCCAAGUCAAGAGCAGAUAAAAGGAGGAGUCUCCUGGGUAAUUCCGAAGACUCCAAGGAGAGUGAAACAUUGAUUAAGGUUGUUGAUGAUCAUGCAGGUGAUUCUAAGGAUGAUGGUCCUUUGGAAUGGGUUUCAUAUUGGAAACCAAAUGUCACAAUUAAUUUGGUUGAUGAUUUCACACGAUACUCAUCUAAUUCUGUGCCACCAAACAUUGCUCCGUACUUGAAUGUUGAACCAAGUACCGGGAAUUACUUCCCAACCAUUUUCUUCAAUGAGUUUUGGUUACUCAGAGAUAAGUUGAUCCCACUCAAUGACACAGUGACAGAAUUGCCGCUUAAUUUGGAGGUGGGUCCUAUAGGCAUGACAAAGUGGCAACUAUUUCUGCAAAUGGAUCAGUCAUUUCAGAUUCAUCGAAGUUAUGGAAGCAUGGUUGAAGGCGAGGCUGAUGAACUGAAGAGGGUGUUCUUAGAAGGAAAUCCUUAUCUCCUGGUGAUCACGAUGAUUGUUUCAUUGCUGCAUUCUGUGUUUGACUUCUUAGCAUUCAAGAAUGAUAUCCAAUUUUGGAAUAAAAAUAAGUCUAUGGAGGGACUUUCUGCAAAAUCUGUGAUUGUGAACUUCAUAUGUCAGCUCAUUGUAUUCCUAUAUCUGCUUGACAAUGACACUUCCUGGAUGAUACUUGCAAGUUCUGGAGUUGGUUGCUGCAUUGAGUUUUGGAAGAUAGGGAAAGCUAUGCACAUAGAGAUUGAUAGAAGUGGAAAGAUACCUAUGCUGAGGUUCCGGGAUCGUGAGUCAUAUGCAGGGAAUAAGACUAAGGAAUACGAUGAUCUGGCAAUGAAAUAUUUGUCUGGCGUGCUUUUCUUCCUGGUUAUAUGUUCCUCUAUUUAUUCACUCAUGUAUGAGCGCCAUAGGAGUUGGUAUUCUUGGAUUCUUUCCUCACUUACAAGCUGUGUGUACAUGUUUGGUUUCAUUAUGAUGUGCCCCCAACUUUUCAUUAAUUAUAAGCUAAAGUCUGUGGCACACCUACCCUGGAGACAAAUGACAUACAAAUUCCUGAACACCAUCAUUGAUGAUCUCUUUGCCUUUGUCAUAAAAAUGCCAAUGCUACAUCGGCUUUCUGUCUUCCGUGAUGAUAUUAUAUUUUUGAUAUAUCUAUACCAGCGGUGGAUGUAUCCAGUAGACAGAUCACGUGUAAAUGAAUUUGGUUUUGGUGGUGACGAGGAUAAGCCUUCUGAUGGUGCAGUAACAGAUGUGUCGAAAGAGGAUGAGAAGAAAACCAAUUGACCACAAUAACAAGCUGACAUCAACAAACAAGAUUUUGCUAAGAAAUGCAGAUGAGCAGGCAAUGUUUUGGUUAUAUUUCAGCUCAUGUGAUGUAAAAUUUAAUUAGGUGGUAUGACUUGUUUCGUUUUUGUUUUAGAUAAUCACAUUAUGAGAAUACUUUAAUAGUGUUUUGUUGUAGGCUAUAGGCCUUAUUCCAUACCUCCGUUUUUGUGUGAAGAAUUUGUAUGAAUCGCUUGCAUAACUAACUGUUUGAACUGUCAUUGAGGAUUCAGUUACUGGGCAGUUCUUAAAACACAGUGGUUUGGAGGAAUUUAGCUGGCGGGUUCUUAUAUUGUUUUUAUUACAUUUGGUUUUAAUUAAUUUUUUAAAUAUCGGUUAUGCAAAA